AUGCAGCAAGAUUCAUCGAUGACAGUCCAUUUUAAAAAUGGGAUGGCAUUUACGGGCAUGUCCACUAAUAUCCCCGGUGUAGGGUUCGAACUUGAGCUUCAAGUUCCAACACCUGUUGUAGGUCCAGGCGUUGCGGUUUUUGUUGACCUCAACCCGGUCUGGGAUUUGUCCGUGACGCUUAGUGUUGGCGCUGGAGUGGGAAGUUUAUUGCUGCACGGCUUCCCAGAAACGAGUACGGCAGACACAAACAAUACAAUCCUCUUCCUGAUAAGCUUGCCAGUGUUGUACUGGUAG